AUGACAGAAAAGGUCCUCUGUCUGGUUGUAGAAUUCAAAUUUUCUUCAACUGAUAAUGGACAACAGAUGACAUCAGGCUCAACACCUGAUAUACUGGAUCAUGCAGUGCAUUUAGAUAAAUAUGGCAUCGAUGGUUCAAAAAUCACUUCUUUCACAUUUCAAGUCAAGGCAAGCAGAGAUGUAAAUAUAUAUUUAUCAAGCUCAAACACUAUGAAUAGCACAAUGCCAUUCUAUGAUGUUAAUUUUGGUGCACAUAGUAAUACCAAAACACAGCUGGUGCGGCGCAAAGAUAAUCUAUUAACCACACCAUUUAUAACGUCAUGGAAUACUGCAAUCGAUCGUCAUCGUCUAAAAAAUUGGGAAUUCAGAUAUUUCUGGGUGAGUUGGGAUGGAGGAGUUGUCAAACAUGGACGAGGAACUGUGAUUGGUGAUGAUCUUAUUGGUGAAUGGACAGAUCCAAAUCCGUUUGAGGUGAAGAGUAUUGGCGUUUUAAACAGUUAUAAUUCUAACGGCGACUGGAUAAUUCAAUCUACAGUUUAUGGCAAUACGUCUAACCAUUUUGUCAAGUGCGGUCAAUCUGACGAGAGAGUUGAUCUUAACAUUUAUAAACCAGUGAUGCGGCUAUCAAUGACGAUAUGUGCUAUAACAUGUAAGACAGAUGAAGAAUGCAUGGGGUUCAACUACAGUGAAAACAGUUGUGAGCUACUUUCAUUCGGACAAGAUGUUGUUACUGAUAUUCCUAAGAUUUCAGAAAUUGGAUGGAGAUUUUAUACAAAGUGUUAUGUUAAACGAAAUGCAUGUCUUGAUUGUUUACUGUGAAGCAACUAAACAAACUACACACAAUGUUACAAUUAACCUGCUUAGCUACACAUUUUGUGUAUAUCGAGUUUUGUAACUUUCUAAACAUUUUUUUAUGACUAUAACCUGAAUUAUUUAAAUAUGAAAAUCUAAUAUCCAAAACGAGUGCACUGUGAACUUGGAAUGACCAAUCAUAAUAUAUUGUUUUCGUUGUAUUUUUUAAUUAUUUUUUAGCCAGUAAUGUCCAAUAAAUUCGAAAUCAUAUACGACUGAAUGUAACUUUCUGGUCAUU